UACUUUCAAGACGGUAAUAAAUUUGCACGUUUUAUAUUCAUGAUUGUCAGCUGAAGUGCAUUGACAAAAUCAGUUUCUCAUGUGACCCGUCACUUUCUAUAGUUUCUUACAUUGAAGUUUGAAAUAUUGAGUUUUGAUGUCGGGGCCUACACAUAAAUACCGCUAUAAAAAUGUGGGGUUGGAUUCCCAGGAGCUUAGGAGAAGGCGUGAAGAGGAAGGAGUCCAACUGCGAAAGCAAAAGCGGGAGCAGCAGCUAUUUAAACGCCGCAAUGUGUUUAUGCCAGGAUUAUCAGAUGAUGAUGGAAGUAUGCAGGAGGAUAUCUUGUCUCUCAUCAGUGCACCAACCAUCACACUGGGCAUGGUGCAAGCACUUUACAGUAGUAAUGUGGAAGAUCAACUAACUGCUACACAAAAGUUUCGCAAACUCCUGUCCCGUGAACCAAAUCCUCCUAUAGAUGAAGUUAUUCAGACUGGAAUUGUGCCACGUUUUGUAGAAUUUCUUCAGAAUAAUACCAACUGUACACUUCAGUUUGAAGCAGCGUGGGCUUUAACUAACAUAGCUUCAGGCACUUCAAUGCAGACUCGCAUUGUGAUUGAAGCUGGUGCUGUACCAGUAUUCAUUCAGCUGCUGGCAUCAGAAUAUGAGGAUGUGCAGGAACAAGCAGUGUGGGCCUUAGGUAACAUUGCGGGUGAUUCUCCAGAGUGCAGGGAUCAUGUACUGGACACAGGAAUACUUGUCCCACUCCUUCAGCUUCUGAGUAAGGCCACCCGCCUCUCAAUGACACGAAAUGCUGUAUGGGCUUUGUCAAAUUUGUGCCGUGGAAAGAAUCCACCACCUGAGUUCGCCAAAGUAUCUCCAUGCUUGCCCGUUCUCUCCCGCCUGCUGUUCCAUGCAGAUGCUGAUGUCUUGGCAGAUGCAUGCUGGGCACUUUCGUACCUGUCAGAUGGACCAAACGAAAAGAUCCAGGCAGUUAUUGAUGCAGGAGUUUGUAGACGAUUGGUUGAACUUCUUAUGCACAACCAACACAAUGUGGUGUCAGCUGCUUUGAGGGCUGUGGGUAACAUAGUGACUGGAGAUGAUGUGCAGACACAAGUUAUCCUGAAUUGUUCAGCAUUGCCUUGCUUGCUGCACCUCUUAGCCUCACCCAAGGAGUCAAUUAGGAAAGAAGCUUGCUGGACAAUAUCUAAUAUUACAGCUGGAAAUAGACAACAGAUCCAGGCAGUAAUUGAUGCAAAUAUUUUCCCUGUUCUUAUUGAUAUACUUGGGAAAGCCGAAUUCAAGACACGUAAGGAGGCCGCUUGGGCCAUAACCAAUGCUACAUCAGGCGGAACAGCCGAACAAAUAAGGUAUCUGGUUGAUCAAGGUUGCAUCCCUCCUCUUUGUGAUCUUCUGACAGUGAUGGAUGGAAAGAUUGUUCAAGUUGCCCUCAAUGGAUUAGAAAAUAUUUUGAGGCUAGGAGAUCAGGAUGCAAAAGCACAUAAAGGCAUCAAUCCCUAUGCUGUGCUAAUUGAAGAAUGUUAUGGUCUGGACAAGAUAGAGUUCCUGCAGUCCCAUGAGAACAUGGAAAUUUAUCAGAAAGCUUUUGAUAUCAUUGAGCAUUAUUUUGGAAGUGAAGAGGAAGAUUCUCGGGUUGCUCCAUCAGUGGAUCAGGAUGCACAGCAGUAUCAGUUUAAUGCAGACCAGAGUGUUCCUAUGGGUGGAUUCCAGUUCUGAAUGGGCUGUCCGUCGUCUGGCCGCUUUAUGUCAGUCGGUGGGUUAGUCACUGAUUACAUAGGAGUUUAAUUUAUCAGUGGAAACACAAAACUCUUCUCGUGAAGAGGAAGAAUUGAGAAAUACAUAUGAUCAGUAAUAAGAGAAAACUAAAAAUGUUUCUACAUACAAUGAUCCAAUGAUAAUGAAAUGGUUGGAAAUGUGCCUGUGUUCAAUGGUGAUAAUGUGAGUGUCCAAGAUGAAAACACAAGGACUAGAUGAAUUUGUCAUACAUUAAAACAUCAUAAGUAAGGUAUGCUUUAAAUAAAAUUAAAAUUUUCUUUUUUCAGUUUUGUGAACUUACAUACCAUAUCAAGAACAGGUCUAAUGAAACUCAAAAAGUACAGAUGUAGCUACAUGAGAUAAAUACACAUACAUUCUGUUGUAAGGAUGCCUGUAAGAAUUCUGCUGGUGUUUAGUUUUCUCUUAUUUCCAAUCAAAUAGAACCUUGGGUAGGAAAAGUUGCCUAUGUGGUUCAGUGUUUCAUGAAGUGUGGGUAAUUGUGAUCUUGCUUCAUGCAGGUUGAAGAAAUGCUCACUGAUUGUAUUUAGAAAAACAAGCAAACCUGUGAGUAAUUUCAUUAUAGUUUGGUUUGUUAUCGUCUUUCCCACUUUCUCUUUUUAAGUUGAGAUCUUGGAAGUGCUUGAUAACAACAUGAAAAGAAACUUGUAAUAUUAGGUCAUCUGUAGUAGUUACAACCAUUAACGAAACAGUACAGUAAAUCAAGUUUGAAUUUC